GGGGAAGAAGAGUCGCAGCGUCGAAAGAGGGGCUUGUUGUUGUUGUUGUCCGCUCACCUGUUUGUUGUUGUGCGCCCGUCCGCCAGCUUUCUUCAUUGAGUGAGUGCUCAGCUGCGGUGACGCUGGAUUGUCUCCAACGUUGAAUUGCAACCCUGAGCGAGCGCACCCUGGCUCAACCAUUAGCUGCUGUGCUCUUUCUCUUCAUUGUCGCUUAGUAGAGUCUGCGGCUAUCGUUAAGGAGGAGGACGAGGUUUCGUGGCUGGAUUGGCGUGACGUCGUAGUCGCGCUGUGGUGUAGUGUAGAUUGAGGGAGAGCUGCAACUCCGGGUUCGCGUGGAGCUGGUACAGGUGUUGCGGGACGUUGUGGUUCGAUUUCGUUUGUGCGACGGUGAUCGGGGUAGUGCAUCGCGAGAGGGUGAUGGUGUAUUUGGUAGCUGUUUGCUGAAGGAGUUGUGAAGGUGCUGCGGCCGUGCGAGGUUGGAGCAUUGAAUAUUGCGGACCGUUGGCGUUUUUUUAAAAAAGUUCUCGUAGGAGUAUUGCAGGCUGAUUGGUGGUUUCAAUGGUCUUAGUGAGGAGGUAGUGAGAAGGAUUUGGCGCAAUCUGGAUGCUCUCUUGCGUGCGCUGUCUGUGAAUACAGUCGGCUCUUUUCUUCAUUCUGUGUUCGAUGUUCAAGUAUGUCAGGCCCAACUACAAGCUUCGAGUUCAACGGAAGGACGCAGUGCACUCUGAAAAUGCAAGUGAAGUCUCAUUCGUAGCAUGUGUGAUGGAAAAUUAGCCAGCAUUUGGCCUACAUCUUGGGUUCAUUAUCGUGCCUCUGCCAGGCUCACUCUCCUCUUGCUUACUUACCUGAAGUAGAGCGGAUUGUUUUCUGUUGAAAACUUCGAGGAGCCUUCGUUCCAGACCUUGAGUGAAGUACUUGACGCGCCGGAUUUCCAAAUAUUGGGGUAGAGAGUAGAAGCAAUCGGAACGUGACUUCGUUGAAGUUGCGUUGUUUGAAAAACAAAUUUCAUUUUGUUGUGGUUGCGGACUGACAAGACUCCCAUCGGCAAGAUGAAGUUCGGCAAGAGAUUGCAGAGUCAGAUAGAGGAGACGAUGCCCGAUUGGAGACCGCACUUCAUUGCAUACAAGAAGCUCAAGAAGAGUUUGAAGAGACUUCAAGCCCCGGUUUGUUUCUCCGAGGCCGCUUUCGAUCAAAUGGUGAGCCCGUCUUUGAUAGGGGCGGAUCAAGCCGUAAACUCAGUUGUUGAUGCUGUCGAUAAAGAAUUGCGCAGCACAAGUGGAGCUGGUGACCCAGCCUCCGUUCAAGAAUCUUUCCUCUGCAAACUCUCUGAGAAUGCAGUUAGGUUUUCCAGAAGCGGUUUGACGGCGGGGCAGAAAUCCUCCCAAGGUAAUGCCGCAUUGGAAUCAACAGUUUCAAGUGUAGAACAGUUCCUGCAUGGCGGAGCCGUUGCAGACACGGGGAAAGUCGAGGAAAACCACAAGGAUUUAUCUGUAGAAAGAAAAUCUAAACGAAUAAAGCUUGAUGACGGAACUCCGAUGUUCUCUGGAGAGGCUGACUUUGUUACCCUUUUGAACAAGGAACUGAACAAAUUGAAUGUCUUCUUCAUUGAAAAGGAAGAGGAGUAUGUAAUUCGUCUUCAGGAGCUGAAAUUCAGAAUUGAGACAGUCAAGAAAGAACAAGCAGCCAACACCGGAUGUGCCAGCGAGAACGCCAGAAAUGAGGAGCUUCUGAAGAUUUUGAGAGAUAUUGUGACUUUUCAUGGAGAAAUGGUUCUCUUGGAGAACUAUAGCUCGUUGAAUUAUAUAGGUCUUGUGAAGAUUCUGAAGAAACACGAUAAAAUGACAGGAACUGUCCUCAGAUUACCCUUUAUUCAGAGUGUACUGCUUCAGCCGUUCUUCACAACAGAACUGCUCUCGAAACUGGUGCGCGAGUGUGAGAACAACUUGCACUCACUUUUCCCAGUUUCACCAUUGGAGUCGAUUUGUAGUCAACUGGAGCAGGAGACCACCGUGCAAACCUUUCCUGCAGACUUCGACGACAGCCAAGCUCUCCCUUUCACGCCUGGAGAGGCUGUGGAGACGAUCUAUAGGAGCACAGUUGUGGCAUUGAGAACCAUGAAAGAGAUCCGGCAGAGUUCAACGCGGAGUAUCUUUUCUUUACCACCACUGAACCGAGUGGACUGCGAAGACAAGUUUGGAGUUGUGAUUGACGAGAUGGGGGUUACUCAAGUUGCCGUGGCCCUCUAGCGGACGGCACAUAUAGUCAAAAUUUGAGGGUGCCAAGAACCCUUUAUUUCUACAGAUUCCAAGCCUGACAUCUUCUGGAUUGUGAAACGUUGGAGCUUGUAACUAGUUUCUCAGGUUGUAAAGGUCUUAUAUUUGUUAGAUUUCUAGCAUUUGUCAAAUAUUAGCCUAGUGGCAGUGGCUUAGCUUUGACACAAACCCUUUUUCUGCUGUAGUGGGUAGCGCUGUGGCACAAGAAGGCUGUCAAAGUGAGCGUUCUUUUAGUUUGUUGUGUUGGUCGGCCAGCCAUGAACCGAGUUGCAGCAUCAAGCUUGAGAGACACUUCGAACAUCAGGAAUAUCAUUUUUUUCGCUCAUUCAAACCUUCAAGGCAAUGAGCUUGAUUCCUUCGCCUCA